UUUAUAUUCAAAUGUCUGGUCACGCCUUGUUCUCAAGUAUACUACAUGACUUUCAUUGGGCGUCACUUUUAUCAUCGCCUCUCUGCUCCACAUGUCUCUCGUUAUGGAUCAUCACUACUUCGCUACCACCAGCGAUCUUAAUGAUGUGACUGCUGCAUUCGACUUUUCUAAUUUCCCACCAGAAUACCCCUGGGGCACAGCAACUGACACGAACUCUUGUGAACAACAAAGGCCAGUCCCUGCAUCAGAGUCAAACGAGCAAUGGCCUACAUCUUCCAGUGGUCCAUAUCAAAUAGCGCAAUUCUCCCCAAACUAUCAGGCAUACCAGUAUCAAGCUCUGCCUUUCACCAGCCCUCUGCCAACGACCUGGAACUCGUCUCCUGCGCCGCUACCAUAUGAAAAUAUUGCAGCUGAUAUCCCGAGGACUCUCGAAUACGAUGCACAGUGUGGCCUAACACCGACACUCCUGGGUGCCCAUGAUCUUUCGGUCUCGCCAAAGACCAUGCCGUUAUCUUUUGCACCAGACGUGCAAUCGCAGUGCGAGUCAAGAAAAGCGUCUACGAAUCGCAGUCGACUUUCCUAUGAGGCUCGAGCAAUUCUAGACCGGUGGUUUGAGCAGAACAGAUCAGACCCGUAUCUUGAGAAACCAGAGGCCGAGGAUCUGGCCACCGAGACAGGACUGACUGUCCGGCAGGUGCGAACAUAUUUUGCAAACGCUCGUGCUCGCAAGCUGCCUCCCGCAUCGGCCACAGAGUCGAGUGGCGAUACGUCCAGCCGAGCCCAGACAGAAACUCCAAGAGGCUCUAUGGAUCAGGAGGAUCAGACCCAGGCUCCUCCACGACGGCGGCGCUGGGCAUCACAUGAACGAGUGUCGAUCAGUCAGCAGCCAAGCCCUAUGGAGCGAUUCCUUCACAGUUCGCCUGAAGAGGAAGGGAUUCCUGAAGGGAUCGUGGAAUGCGCGGCGAAGAAUCUGGAAGAGCGGAGAGGCAGCGAAGCAGGAUCUUCGAGAUCAUUGCAAAAGAGAAAGCGAAACAGUUGCAAGAUCGAAGUACAAUCGGAUAUUGGGCGUAGCAGCAAUCGUGGCUCCGAAUGUUCGCAUUCGAGUAACGAAUCCAAUGCAAAUCGACCUGGGCCAAGGCGUGGACGCAAACGACAACCGGACACCUUUCGGCUACCUCCAACGUCCCUCAUAAUUCGCGCGCCUUCUGAUAGCAAGAAGAUAUUCCAGUGUACGUUUUGCCCGCGCGACUUUGCUCACAAGUAUGACUGGCGCCGGCACGAGGAGAGCGUGCACUUCCCUCAGUUCGAGUGGAUAUGUAUGCCUGAUAAUGAGCCAACCAUACUGGCCGCGUCUGGUGCAAUCACUUGCGCUUUCUGCGAUCAGCCCAACCCUACUCCAGCGCAUCUCGAGUCUCAUAACUGCUCUGGAUGCCUCGCAACGUCUCGUUCGCAGCGUGCCUUUACUCGAAAGGACAAAUUGCUCCAGCACAUUGGCCAAGUCCACAAAAUGUCAGUGACACCUCGUCAUCUCUCUACAUGGAGUAGGCCUGUAGACCGGGAUGUGUCAUUCUGGUGCGGCAUCUGCGGUAUUCGUCUCACUUCCUGGCAAGAACGAGUUGACCACAUCUCUGGGCACUUCAUGGUAGGCCAAACCAUGCAACUCUGGAGAGGCGAACCAGGAAACAUUCGUCUCGGCACCGAUACUUCUCUUCCAUUCUCGCGAGGCACAUCUCCAGCCCCAGAGCACUCUCCUGCUCUGACAUUCUCCGGACUGCCCGGCCCAAAGCCACACAUGUGCACCACAGGCUGCGGCGAGCACUUUAGGACCCAUACCGGCCUCGUCUUCCAUGAGCGCCAAAGUCACAACAUCUAUCGCAGCCAGGUGAUGUCGAGUCCCCCGCUCUUAGUCCCUUCCAAUGCGACAACAUACAUGGACUUGCACUAUCCUGUCCUCGCAACAGCGCCGGCCGCAACGUCAUACUUCCACGACUUUUCGGGUUCGGAAAUGGGUAGCACGGCCUUGAUAGCCCCUCAGUAUGCGCCGCCACCGACUGACUUUACACUCGCUUUCGAUCCGAACUACCAGGGAAUGGCUCAGCCUGUCCCCAUUCAUGCGAAUUGGAGUCGGCGACACAGUGGAGCGGAAGGGCAAGGCGGCGCGGAAGUUGGCCUCCCAGGAUCAUCGGUGUCUUCUUCACGUGGAGCAUGAACAGGAUACAGUAAUGGGGGUUUUGUUGAUGACUUUGGAGAACUUCUCAAGGCGUAAAGUUGGAUUCCAGGCACCGACAUUGGCUGGACCGCUGCGCACACUCUAUGCGACCUCCUUAUCUUUCGACCUAUUGACUCGGCGGAACACUUAUCGAGCGCGGCGUUUGGAGGAGCUUUUUGCAGCGGAGGGUAAAUUAUCUGUUAUCAAGUCAAUACGGAAGGUAUACCAUUUUCAUUUGUGCGGUUCGUAGAUACGGCACUUUUCUUAAUCCUCUGUCAAUACUCCUGAUCCAUAUAUAGCAUAGUGUCAAAG